AUGGCCUCGGUCGGGGCCUCCGCAGACACACCUGCGUUCCCGCAGGACCCGGCGGAGUUUGAUAGCGACCCACGCAUCUCGUGGUCCAUGGUCGAUGAAAAGUUCAUCCUGGAAACUGAGGAUGGGCAGGAGUUUGAGUAUGAUACCGGCAUCAAGCGCUGGGUUCAGAAGGUUGAUGAGGAGCUUCUUAAGCAACAGCAAGAGGCCUACAAGGUUGCAGGCGUUGACGAAGAUGAGGUGGUUAACCCCCGUGAAAUGAAAAAGCGGAAGCUGCCAGCUGGCGAUGCAAAGGGAAACAAGGCAAAGAAGCCGCGUGUAAAUCACGCGGUUUGGGUCACUGGCCUGCCUGUGGACACCGAUCGGGAUGAAAUUGAACAAAAGUUCGCUCGUUGGGGUGUCAUCGCCCGAGAAAUUGAUAGCGGCGGUCCACGCAUCAAGAUGUACUACGAUGAGAGUGGCAAAUUCAAGGGUGAAGCCCUGGUGGUCUACUUCCGUCCAGAAUCCGUCUCCCUAGCCAUUCAGAUGGUUGACGAGACUGAUUUCCGCGAGGGCAACGUUCCCUUGGCAGGAAAGGAGCCGAUGAGAGUGCAGGCAGCUGAACUGUCUUUUAAAAAUCAAACGGAGGCCCCGGCCAAGUCUGCGCCUCGUGACAGGCGUAAGAUCAUAGAGCGGACGGAGGAAUUGAACCGUUUGUUGACGGAUUGGGAUGAUGACGACCCGUUUGCCCGGAAUAAUAUUGGCGUCCGCCAGGAACGGACGGUAGUCCUGAAAGGCCUGUUCACGUUGGAGGAGCUCCAGACCGAUGUCGAGGCAAUUCUGGACAUCAAAGACGAUGUUCGAAACGAAUGCUCCAAGUUCGGAGAGGUCACUAAUGUAGUGCUCUACGACCUGGAGCCAGCAGGAGUGGUGACCGUAAAAUUUGCCGAACACGAGGAUGCCCAAAAAUGCAUUGCACGCCUGGAUGGCCGAUUCUUCGGCGGCACCCAGAUUAAGGCCUACCUCCAGGUCGGACGUGAGAAGUUUAAGAAGACCAAUGAGCGACGGGCAGCUCUGGAGGACAUGGCGGAGCGGGGCCUUGAUGCCGAGAACGAGGAAGAGAACCAGCGAUUGCAAGGGUUCGGAGACUGGCUGGAGAGUGAGAAGUAA